UUUGUGUAAGUGUUGUCGUUGGUGAGGAGCAAUAACGUGGCGUUAAUUACAAAGAAUACGUCGGUAUUCUUCGUCGGUCAGUGUUGUCCGCCGAAUGCGCUAAUGCUACAGGCCUAGCUUGGUGGCUACAAAGCUAACAUUAGCUUGAGUCGACGUUUUGCUGAGCUUGAUUUGGACGACAGAGGUGUUUGCAGAACUAGCUGAGUUAAACUGCACACAACGGGAAUUUCAAAUUGUGUAUUUUUGGUCAGUUAACGUUAUUGAAUGAUGUGGUUGGCGAUGACAUGCAGGUGUUAUUUAUGGGGACGCGGCUGCUGUGUACUGGGCUUUCCAUUGUGCUUUUGCUUUGCUCCGCUUUGGGUGGCACAUUUAAGUAAAUUUGUCAUUGCGGUUGAUUUGUCUACGUGGAUGGCGAGCAUCGAGCUUUAUUUGUGUGUUAUGCAACUGAUUUGCUGACAGAAAGUGAUCAUCUGUCAAGAACUCAUUGCGUUACUACUCUGUACCAUACAUUAUAUCAAUACAGUUGUUGUUUAUCGUAGGUUGAAAUGGGUUUAAAAGACGAUUUCAACCCCUGAAAUACCUUUUUAUUUGUUCAAAAGGAUUGCUGUCCCUACAUUUCGACUGAAGUCUUAUUCAUGGAUGGAAAUUACUUUAUUUAAUUCAUGUGGCUGAUUCAUUUAAAGACUGCAGGUGCAAAUGAGGUAAUAUUUUUACUUUAUGAUGGUGAAAUCCAUCUAUAAAGCAUGUUAAACACAAUAUAAAUGAGGAUUUAAGAUAUAUUAAACACAUAUAGGCAAAGCAUCAGGAACAAUACUAUAGCAUUUCCUAAUUAUCCUAUAUGUCAGGUUUGAUCACAGAGUAAACUGCAAGCAUUAUUUUGGUCACAGUUAUUCAUUUAUAAGGUUCACAAAGAUACACUUUUGCCAUUACCACAGACAUUUAUGUGUAUGUGCACAUUAUGACAGUUUGAUGCACUUAACCCUCGUGUUGUCCUGCAGGUCAAAAUUGACCUGUUUUAAAGUUUGAAAAUGUGGAAAAAAAACUAAUAUAUAUUUUCACAGUGAAACUUUUGAUGUCCACUUUGUCAACAUUUUUGGGAACAUUUUUUGGUGGAAAAAAGAAGUGUUCUUAAAGAAAAUAUUACAAGUUUAACUGGUAUACAUGUAAUCCCUUCAGAUAUUUUUCGGAUUGUUUUGGAAGAUUUUUACUUAUUUUGUGAAAAUAUUUACAAGUACUUUCUUUCCAAAUUUGUGGAUUUUUUUUUAAAAUGAAACUCUUAAUAAAUUAUUGGAAUUUUCUUCCUGGAGGUUUUGCAAAUUUUCAGAAGUUUGGGGAAUUUUUUUGCUGAAUUUUUGGAUUUUUUUUUUUUUUCAGACAAGGAAACUAUUUUUUGGUGCCUGUAAAUGAAGACAACAGGAGGGUUAAAGUAGCAGUAGAUGUGUAUGUAAAUCAAGUGAUGCAACUUUACCAGGAAACAUGCAGUCUGUUUUUGACAGAUGAUCAAUAUUUGCAUGAUGCCUGCCACUCCUUUUUCUUGUUGAACGGUGGUGUUGUGAUAAGUGGCUUGCAGGUGGCUAAAGUUUUGACAGUUGGUGGGGAUGCUAGUUAAGGAUGGUAAUUAAAGGUUGUACAGUGUUUACAAUACAGGAGUUGGUGUUGGUUGGUUUCAUGUGUUGAGAUUUAUGGUCAUCUCAAGUGUUGCAUUGUGGCAUCUGAUGUUGCAGACCAGGAAUGCCAUUAUGACCCAUAUUGUAGUGGUGAUUCUUUCUCCUUAUCUGGCCUCUUUAUCGCUGCCUGUUUACAGGAAUGCAGGCUUCUCACACACCCAGCUGAGAGAGAGAAAAGGACUUUGGAUUGUCUUACUAAAAUUGAUAUCAAUGUAGUGUUUCAGUGGGCAUUUGGCACCAGCACAGCAUACUAUUUGACUGCUACCCCUGCAGUCAACUUGCUGAUGCUAUCUCAUCAUCUACAGCUAGAAUGGAUGAAAUUUUGAUAUUGUACACUUUAAAUAAAGAAAUUUAAAAAAAAAUACAAAUAGGAGAAAAAUGUAACCACUUGUAGUCUAUUCAUUAGGGUACACAGAUCAUAGCACACCAAAGCAAUUACAACAUACAUAAAGUAUAAAGCAAGAUUCACUUUAAAUGAUAAAAAAGCAAGGAAGGUGACCGGAGUGAACCUGCUGCACCACACUAAGGUUAAGAUUCCUAUUGGCUGGCCUGGACGGGGUAACACUGGAGAAGGACUGCGCAUCCCGACGUCAAAUUUGUUUGGCCUUAGAGCACGCUGUCGGGAGUGUGUUGCUUAGGUGGAGGACUCGGGGUAAAGACAGCUGCCAGUCUAAAGCCGUGGUGGAGGUGUGGAUAGAGGGGAUGAAAGGCUCGGGCAACCGCGGACUAGUGAACUUUGGAAAACCUGCUCGGAAUCCACGCGGAGAGCCAUGGAGGGCGAAACGGGUCCAUCAUCCAGGGAUAUGACAGGCUGUUUAUGUGCCAUGGAGGGGGCACGCUUGGGGUUUUUUAAUGCAUAAACUUUGCAUUAACGUUAUGUGCUUUCAUGAUGGUUUGCAUCUGAUAUGUGAAACUGGAGCAUUUGGUUGAAGUAUUAUUGCGGUUGAAAUGUCUGUAUAAGAACGUACAAGGAGCUCUGGUGAUGACAGUUUUAUUUAAGCGUUUCAGUUUGUACCAAGGAGGAAAGGAUGCUUUGGCCAGAGGACAGUUAAAAGGCAUGAGAAAAAGGGCUCUGUUGCUAUCAGAUGGAGCAGGGUACCAGUCUCUGGAAGAACAAACUACCGCUGGGGAGUAGAUUUACAAACUCUGUAAUCCACAAUCUUGUGUUACUGCUGCCAUGAAAGGAAUAUCUUGGAAACGUGGCUGGAGGAGUUAGAACAAGGCUGCAAUGGAGAGGAGGAACCUGUAGGAGGGACAACAUCCUGGUUCCUGUGGGGGUUGUUUUCCCCAUCAGAAAUGUGGUGUGCCUCAUGGAGAAGUCUGUCCAGUCAGAGGAAAUGUAAAUGUUCACUGUGAAGUUAGUUCAAGUAUAAAAGAAAAGCCAAGUCAUAGUAAGAUUUGGUAAGGAAUGCUGGUUUGUUCUGUGGUAGGUGAAACAUCUGAAUAUUUCACUUAGUCAAUCAAAACAGUUUCAAAAAUAUCACCAGAGCUACAAUUGGUUGCAUGUUUUGGCAUAAUUGUACCAGUAAUGCAAGUAGUUGUUAUUUAUCCUAAACAUGCAAAACCAGUGGCAUUGUUAAUGAACAGACUGUGACACCCGUGUGAUUCUUGUUUAGAGAUUAAUGUUGUAGAUGGAUCGCUUGGUGCUUUCCAGCUUGUGGUUGCUGAGUGACACAUUUGGAAUUAUUGCGUUGGGAUCAGAGUUGGUAGUAUAAAAGCAAAUAUAAAUGGCAUGUAGAUAGUUUCAUACUUUGUUGGCUGAAUUGGUUUAAAUACUUGUUGGAAAACUUAACUUUAAAAAAAAGCAUUUUUUUAAUAUACUGGUACAAAUUGUUCCAAUGGAUUUUCAAAAUUAGUGGAGAGUCUUGUGUGGAGCUUGAUUUUUAAAGGUGGAGUCUGAGAUUCUGGAUAAAAGGUUCUUGAUAGUUACAUAUUAUAUUUAGAUAUAAUUUGGCAGAUUUCUUGUCAUUCAAUUUUUCCUAAACUGCGUAGAACAUAAACUUGUAUGAGUGCAAACAUGCUUGGGACAUGCAGGGAUGGUGGUGUGCAGAUUGUUCUAAGUUUCUCAUUUCCAGAGCCAGAGUUGUGCACAAACACUGGAUUUCUUUUUCAGCACACAGAACAGACAACUAGUGGAACUUGAGGAGAUAUUCACACAUUUUAACAAACAGUGAAGUAAAAGUUUGGUCGGAAAGUGGGUCUUGGUGCUGUUGUUUUUGAGACAUCAUGGUGGUCGUCAUCCGUUUACAGGGCCUGAGAGUCACAGCGGGUACUGAGGAUAUUCGCAGGUUCUUCACUGGCCUCAAAAUUCCAGACGGAGGGGUGCAUAUAAUUGGUGGGGAGCGAGAGGAAGCGUUCAUUCUCUUUGCCUCAGACGAGGAUGCAAGAAGAGCCAUGACACGGUCGGGGGGCGUCAUUAAAGGUGCACCUGUCACGUUGCUGCUGAGCAGUAAAACAGAGAUGCAGGCCGUGCUUGAAAGAAGCACCAGAAUUGCAGAGCUGGAACAAAAGAGGCAACUUGAAGAGAACACCAGAACUGCUCAGAGAUCUGCCGACCCUGAAGUAGGCAGGAGAUCAGGUAGCAGAUCGAGGUUUACUCCUCCAUCCCAGCACCAGAGGGCUUCAAACGACGACGACUUCACGUGCUUGUUUCUAAAAGGACUGCCUUUCACUGUGACCGAAAAGGAGGUCUUUGACUUUUUUGGUGGUUUACGCGUUCUCGAAAUUGUCUUGUUAAAAAAUCGAGAUGGCUCAAACAAUGGGAAUGGUCUCAUCAAAUUCGCAACAAGAGAGGAUGCAGCGGAAGGCUUGCAGAGGGAUAGGCAAUACAUUGGAUCGAGGUAUAUUGAGGUCUCCACGACAACGAUCAAUGAUUGGUGUCGAGCAACUGGUAGACCGCCGAUGGCUGUCAACAGGAACAACAACUUUGAAAGGGGGAGAUCACCUCUGCGCAAUCAGAGGAAUCCACCACAUCGUGUAAGGUCACGAUCACCUUUGGCCAAGAGGCAUGCUGCUCCCUCAGACAACGAGUACUGUGUCAUGUUGGAGAACCUGUCCUUUGCAGUGGAAAAAGAAGACAUAAAGCAGCUGUUUCAUAAUGCAAAGCUGGAGGACGACCAGAUCCUGCACUUAAAUGACAGCGAAGGGAGAAGAAGUAGAUCUGCGUUUGUACUGUUCAAUAAUCAGCGUGAUUAUUGUGAGGCUUUAAGUUUUGAGGAGAGACAGUUUUUAGGUCGAUUGAUUUACACCCGUCCAAUAUCGAGAGAGAACAUGAUCACCAUCUUGGAGACUCAGAGUAUGGGUGUCCGACCGCCCGGAAACUCAGAGAGGUUUCAGGAGAGGCCUCUCCAUCACCCCAGUGCUUCUUAUGACUCUGAGAAAGCCUGCGUAUUCAUGCAGAACCUCCCAUUCGAUGUGCGAAAGAUUGAGAUCAUGGAUUUCUUCCAUGGGUUUAAUGUUGCAGAGGUGCGCGUGCUGCACGACCACAGAGGCGCCGGGGUUGGAAAGGCUGUGGUUCUUCUUGGGUCCGAGGCAGAGGCUGCGAGGGCUCUCUCUCUCAGUGGACGGCGGUUUCUGGGGUCAGAGGUUGUACUGAAGUGCAUUUCACGCUCUCAGAUGCAGCAGUUGAGUGCCGAGCCUCCGGUGGGGCAGGAGCCACCGCCAAGAGAGGAGCGGUACUUGGGGAGGAGCGAGGCGUCCUUCCCCUCUGGUGACGCUUUGUACUCCGACUAUAGGAGUCCUCAUGAUCAUAAUAUGCCGAUGGCUGACGCACCAGGUCCUUUCCAUGGAGGCUUCGAUUAUGAACCUCAUGCAGUCGACCCUUAUUCUUCACAGGACAAGGGUAAUGGAGAUCGUGGCAGCUGACCCCCAGUGCAGCAUUUUGAUGGUCCCACAUGUGUACAGUUAGCCAACUUGCCAUUCCAAAUCAGAAGCGAGGAGAUCUAUGAUUUUUGCUACGGAUACCACAUCAUACCUGGAUCUGUGUCACUGCAGUAUGAGUCGAAUGGGAAACCUAAAGGCCAGGCCACUUUGGUGUUCGAGUCCCGUCAGGAGGCGUUAACGGCUAUCAGGGAGCUAAGUGGAAGACCAAUAGGUCCUAGAAAAAUACAACUACUGCUUGUGUGAAAGUGUCUUUGGGUUUCAUGGCAACUGAUGUGUCCUGAGUGCGCAAUGGACAAAUACACGAUGUUGAUUGAGACAUAGAUGAUAAAUGAGACACAACUGUCUUUUCAUGCUUCCUUUUUUAUUUUUAGUUAAACUAGCAUGGCUUUAUGAUUGUGAGUAAAGUGAAUUGAUAUUUUUUUAUUGCAUUUUUUCAUUGUGAUUAGGCAAUACGUUGACUAAAUCUGGGGUUUGUUUGUGAAUACUUGAAGUUUGGUUUGCUGACUUACAUAUUUCUGUUGAAUUCAGCUUGUAACUGAGAAGCACUGCAGCAAAAUUCUUUUCUUUGUUCCACAACAUGUCUGUUUGUAAUAAAAACACUGCGAUGUGACUUAAA